AUGCCACAGGUGGAUCUGGAGAGCCUAGUCGUAUCAGUCUGCUCCGGCGGCGGCGCUUGCGGGGACCGCAAAAUCGCCUGCGAAACGCUCGCCGACGGCGCCAAUCAAAACCAGCACAAGCUGGAUUCAUCCGAAUCGGAUCCUUCGUCGGAACAGCUCCCCGCUGAUUUCCCUCCCGAAUCGUUCUGGCUGUCCAAAGACGCGGAGCUCGAUUGGCUCGACCGCAACGCUUUCAUCGCUCGGCAGGGCUCCACCAAAGGCACAUCCAAUUCCACCAACCUGAACCCUAACAUUCACCCUCCGUCGACGCCGGGGAAUUCCUCAUCCUCCUCCCACUCCCAGCGGUUCUCGAAUCUCAAGUCGAUGAUCGGCCUGCCGAAGCCGCAGAACUCCUGCUUCGUCGACGCCAAGAGCCGCCGCCACCACAACACCAAGCCCGGGAACGCGCAUCUGUUCCCCAAGAGGUCGGGCUCCACCGGCAAAUCGACGUCCUCUGUAGCUGAACCUGGAUCCCCGAAGGUGUCCUGUAUGGGAAGGGUGCGAUCGAAGCGAGAUCGGAGCCGCAGGCUCCGCAGCCGGCAGCGAUCUAAGCGAUCCGCGGAGCCGGAGCUGAAGAAGGCGAAAUCGGAGAGGCGGCGGGCGGAAUCGGGAUUCCUGGCGAGCUUUCGUGCGAUUUUCAAGCCCUGUUCGAAGUCGAAGAAGCAAUCCAAGACCGAGGCCGCCGCCGCGUCGGCGCUGCACAGAGAGUCGUCCUCCUCUUCAAGAAAAAGCGACGCAGCGGCGAGAGCGAGCGAUAUCAGGAACCGGCUGCCGUCGACCGAGAGAGAGGCCGCUCGGAGAACAAACGGAGGUGGUCUUGAAGCCGAACCGGCGGCGGCGGCGGCGGCGAGCUUGGGUGGGAUGAUGAAAUUUUCGUCUGGUAGGAGAUCUGCAGAAUGGGCCAGCAGAAUCGACGUGGCUUGA